UUAAAAGUCGGGUGAACGCUUGCGGUCGUAGCAAACGCGCCGUGGUAAAAAUAGGGCAGUGCAAAAGAGUGAUUGUGCGAGAACGGACGGAGUUGUGUUGGUUAGUGCUGCUCGUACCAUGGACGGAACACAACGGUACCUUUUGAUCGCGGCCGCGACAAUCCUCUUCUGCGGUCUCUGCCAUGGAGUCGGAGUACGAACGAAGAAGAAAGGAGAUCAACAAACGGCGGCAACAUCCUGGGAUGGUCUCGAUUUUACCUCAGGUUCAAACUUCUUCCGGUCAGAACAUGGUGUUCUCCAAACCCACCCCUCCCUCAAAUACACGGGUAACCCUGGAUCCUUGGGAAAAUUCCAGGACGAGCUGAAACGCAACCCUUCGUUAUCGUCGCCCCACGAAUGUGCCAGAGCUUGCAGAGAGGGUGAACCACCCAGAAUCUGCUACUACCACUUCACCCUUGAAUACUACACAGUCCUUGGAGCAGCCUGUCAAGUGUGUACACCCAAUGCUACGAAUGUGAUGACGUCGAGUUGCCAGUGUGUUUUGGCUGAUGGUGUCGAAAGGGGGAUUUUGACGGCGAAUAGGAUGGUUCCUGGACCUAGUAUUCAAGUGUGCGAGGGUGAUAAGGUUGUGGUGGACGUCGAUAACAGAAUGGAGGGUAUGGAGGUGACCAUUCAUUGGCACGGAGUCUGGCAACGAGGGACGCAGUAUUACGAUGGCGUACCGUUUGUAACGCAAUGUCCGAUCCAGCAAGGAAAUGUCUUCAGAUACCAAUGGGUAGCCGGAAACGCUGGCACUCACUUCUGGCAUGCGCAUACCGGUUUACAAAAAAUGGACGGUCUGUACGGCAGCAUUGCCAUCCGACAGGCGCCUUCCAGGGACCCCAACAGUAACCUCUACGAUUUUGAUUUGACCACACACGUCAUGCUUUUGAGCGACUGGAUGCACGAAGAUGCCGUUGAGAGAUUCCCUGGAAGACUGGCUGUUAACACCGGACAAGAUCCCGAAAGCUUGCUGAUCAAUGGAAAAGGACAAUUCAGAGAUCCCAAUACUGGAUUCCAGACGAACACUCCUCUGGAAGUUUUCACGAUCACACCUGGAAAGAGAUACAGGUUCAGGAUGAUCAACUCUUUUGCUUCGGUGUGUCCAGCGCAACUUACGAUUCAAGGGCACGAUUUGAUUUUGAUUGCCACUGACGGAGAACCUGUACACCCUGUGCAAGUCAACACCAUCAUAUCGUUUUCAGGUGAAAGAUACGAUUUCGUCAUCAAUGCUAAUCAAGCGCCAGGGGCGUACUGGAUUCAGCUUAGAGGGUUGGGAGAGUGUGGUAUUAGAAGAGUUCAGCAGUUGGCUAUCUUGAGGUAUGCUAGAGGACCGUACCAGCCUUCCACGGCUGCCCCUACCUACGACUUUGGUAUUCCUCAGGGUGUGGUUUUAAAUCCACUGGAUGCUCGAUGCAACGAACCAAGAGACGACGCCAUCUGCGUGAGUCAGUUGAAAUUUGCUCUUUCCAUUGACAAGGGAAUUUUAAGAGAGAAACCCGACGUUAAAAUUUUCUUACCAUUCAGGUUUGCUCUGUACACCCCUGAACAACUGUUCCAACCGCACCAAUACACAGCUCACUUAGUUGCUCCAAAUGGAGACCACGUGCGAAGUUUGAUCGACGGAAUUUCGUACAGAACUCCUACCUCUCCUCCGCUUUCGCAAAUUGACGAUAUCGACGAUCAAGAGUUCUGCAACGGCGAUAAUUUACCUCCAGGUGGUUGUGGAACGCAAGGAUGCACCUGCACCCACAAAGUCGACAUUCCGCUCAAUGCCAUCGUAGAAGUCGUGCUUGUAGAUGAAGUACAACAACCCAAUCUCAGUCACCCCUUCCACUUGCACGGCUACGCCUUCAACGUAAUCGGUAUCGGUAGAUCCCCCGACCGAAACGUGAAGAAAAUCAACUUGAAGCACGCUCUAGAUUUAGAUAGGCAAGGUCUGCUGCACCGCCAAUUCAAUCUACCUCCAGCUAAAGACACGAUCGCCGUGCCAAACAACGGAUACGUUGUGUUGAGAUUCCGCGCUAACAAUCCCGGUUACUGGCUAUUCCACUGUCACUUCUUGUUCCAUAUAGUGAUAGGAAUGAAUUUAAUCCUCCAUGUUGGCACACAUGCCGAUCUGCCGCCCGUCCCACCCAAUUUCCCGACGUGUGGUAACCACUUACCACCAAUGUUAAUUUAAUAGGGUCUAAUUCUAGGUUCAAGUUCGCAGUGUGGUCAGGUCGAUAGACUUGAGCAUAUUUCGAGUGAACCGCAACUUAAGUUACCUUCACCAAAUUUGUUUGUUUGUUUCGCUGUGAAAAUUUAUUUUCGAUCUUGCCAUCCCAAAAAUUUCCCAAGCUAGUAUUACUUGAUGUAAUUUAUAUUAUUUAUCUUUAAAUGGUUUUUAUUCGCCAUAAUUAAUUUAGGUAAGUAUAAGUAGUCUUGACCUCUUCAACUACUGUAGAAAUUACAAUAGGUGCUGUAUAUAAUUGGCCAAGUGGCGACUGUAGACUUUAUGUAAAUACCACGUUUAUAAAUUGCAAAUUUCUUUUUCCUUCUAUUAUGAUACUGAGUUUUCGAAUUUGCAGUUUAGAACGAGUCUACCUACUUGUAAUCAGUAUUUCAAAAAACCUAUAUAUUUUUUUAAAAAAAUUGGAAAAUGACUUAAGUAGUGACUUAACCCAGAUUCCUAAACUGAAAGUAUUGUACAGAUUUAAAGUUUCACACUAACACCAGUUAUUUGAGAUUGUACUAGUCUUCCACAGUCUUUAAUAACUAAAGAGUUACUGUUAUUUUUAUAAAAUAUGUAUUAUAAAAACUUACAAUAAAAAAUGUUAAUCAA